AUUUACCAGCUGGUUUUCCACUUAAUCGGUGACAUCGUAUCGAUGUUUCCAGCUUGUUUGUGCGAAGAAUAGUAAUAGUCCUCUGGUGCUUUAAUUAAAGACAAAGUUGAUCCAUUGCGCUCUUUUCUGGCCUCCUGUGGAUUCUUAUAUGCCUCUGCUGGGAUGAAUCCUGUGGAUAACUCAGCUGAUAGCACUUGCCUUUAGUGCUGUGUGUGGGAAUAACAUUGGUUCAGCAGAGCACACGCACACUGUACAAUAAGAACAGCAUUCGUGUAAGGAGAAGAAAGCGGUCUGACGUUUAUAUAUUUAUUUUCUGCGCAUGGUUCUAAAUCCUGAUCCAGCUUCCCUUAAAUGCAGUUUUGGUUCACAAUCCGCCCUGCGCAGAGAGAGAGAGAGGGAGAGCGAGAGAAAGAGCGCUCCUCCUCCUCCUUCGUUCCUCUUCCCAAUACUCAUCCCGAAAGCCAAGGUAAUACGGUCCUCACGGCGGAGUCCUCUCAUCAUUUCUCCCCUCGCAUAAUGGAAACUGAAUGAAAGCAGCUGUGGUACGUCCGUCACCGACACGCUCUGAGAAAUAACCAAAACCUACGACUUGCCACUAAACUGCCCUGGAAGAAGGUCGUGUUUGUGUGGAUGGAGAAUUUUGAGUCGCUGGUAAAUGAGCUGAAGUCAAGCUGGUUGUGAAGGUGCUCGACUUCUUCCCCCCUACACCCCAAGCCGGACACAGCAUGGCGGCGGGAGUAGCGGCAUGGCUUCCCUUUGCCCGGGCAGCAGCCAUAGGCUGGAUGCCUGUGGCCAAUUUGCCCAUGCCAGUAGCACCUGCUGAAAAGAACAAGAGGCAGGAUGAGCUCAUCAUUCUUAAUGUGAGUGGACGCCGUUUCCAGACCUGGAGGAACACUCUGGACCGCUAUCCAGACACACUGCUGGGCAGCUCAGAGAAGGAAUUCUUCUACAACGAGGAGACCAAAGAAUACUUCUUUGACCGGGACCCCGACGUGUUCCGUAGUGUGCUCAACUUCUACCGUACAGGCAAGCUCCAUUAUCCACGGUACGAGUGCAUAUCUUCCUAUGAUGAGGAGCUGGCUUUCUUUGGCAUUGUCCCAGAGAUCAUCGGUGACUGCUGCUACGAAGAGUACAAGGACAGGAAGAGGGAGAAUGCAGAGCGUUUGAUGGAUGACCAGGAGGACAACAAGGAUGCCAAGCUGCCCAAUAUGACCUUCAGGGAGACUAUGUGGCGGGCUUUUGAAAACCCUCACACUUCAACCAUGGCCCUUGUCUUCUAUUAUGUCACUGGUUUCUUCAUUGCUGUCUCUGUCAUUACCAAUGUGGUAGAGACGGUGCCCUGUGGCUCAGCGCCCAACCAGAAGGAAGUGCCAUGUGGCGAGCGCUACACCGUGGCCUUUUUCUGCAUGGACACGGCCUGUGUUAUGAUCUUCACCGUGGAGUACCUGAUGCGCUUGUUUGCUGCACCCAGCCGCUACCGCUUCAUGAGAUCCGUCAUGAGCAUCAUCGAUGUGGUGGCCAUCUUACCAUACUACAUUGGCCUGGUGAUGACUGACAACGAGGACGUGAGCGGUGCUUUCGUGACACUCCGUGUUUUCCGCGUGUUCCGUAUCUUCAAGUUCUCCCGUCACUCGCAGGGCCUUCGCAUCCUGGGCUACACACUGAAGAGCUGUGCCUCGGAGCUGGGCUUCCUCCUCUUCUCCCUCACUAUGGCCAUAAUUAUCUUUGCUACCGUCAUGUUCUACGCAGAGAAGGGUUCAAGCUCCAGCAAAUUCACCAGCAUCCCAGCCUCCUUCUGGUACACCAUCGUUACUAUGACAACACUUGGGUACGGAGACAUGGUUCCUAAGACGAUUGCGGGGAAGAUCUUUGGUUCAAUCUGCUCUCUGAGCGGGGUGCUGGUAAUUGCCCUGCCUGUCCCUGUCAUCGUGUCCAACUUUAGCCGCAUCUAUCACCAGAACCAGAGAGCAGACAAGCGGCGGGCGCAGAAGGUACAGAAAGCCCGUUUGGCCAGGAUACGAAUAUCCAAGACAGGAAGCUCCAAUGCCUUCCUCCACAGCAAGCGUAAUGGUCUCUUUAAUGAAGCUCUAGAGCUCACGCAACUUCCAUACAAGAUGAACCUUUCGGAUCAGGGUUCCACUGAGGAUGAGAAACGCUUAAGCAAGUCUACCUCUCUUUUAGAGAGCCAGCAUCACCACCUGCUGCACUGCUUGGAGAAAACCACAAACCACGAGUUUGUGGACGAGCAGUAUUACCAGCAGAGCUACCUGGAAGGCGGGCUGCAGAAUUACCCGUCCCGAAGCCCCUCCCUUUCCAGUCAAGACGGUGUGACGGGGACGUGCUGCACCCGGCGAACCAAGAAGCACCACACCCCUUUACCGAACGCCAGUGCCCCAGCACACAUGCAGCCUUUGACGCACACUCACACGCACCCACAAGGCUUGCAGGAGCUCAGCACCAUCCACAUCCAGCCUCUCAGCACCAGCCGCUCCAGUCUGAACAUGCGCGUAGAUGAGCCAGCCCCUCUGAACUGCCAGAGCAGCCAGAUCACCACAGCAAUCAUCAGCAUUCCCACGCCCCCAGUGACGACUCCGGAGGGUGACGCUCGUCUGCCGGCAGGCCCCGCCCACCAAAAUGUUGUGAAGGUGUCCGCACUGUGAAGACUAGAGUGCAGGCGCGUCACACAGAAAGACAGAUUUAAAAGGAAAAAAAACUCAUCGAGACAGACGGAGGGACGGAAGAGGACAGAACGACGGAGGAGAGAAAGCGUUCAGUCCUGGUCUGGCCUUGGUUGAGCCUGCCCUCUGCUGGUCAUGUACUGUAACGACAUGGACUCCCCGUGUGGACGGAGGAUGGCUUUUAGAUACAGUGUCGUCAUGUUAGUGGUUGGCGUACGUGUUCGUGCGAGUGAAAGAGUGAGAAACCCCUGUAGGGAGUCGUUUUAGAUAAGCGGGUGAGUGAGUGAGUGUCUCCCAAGUGUCAGUGGUGAGCUCCCCGAGUAAGUCAUGUGUCACUGUGCACAAAGCACCUUUUCUUAUGAUUUACGCUUCAGUUUGACGUUUUUAGCUGGAGAUGUAAGGAAACCUCAGAGGGAAAGAAAGAAAUAACAAUAAUAAGACGUAAUCAACCCACCGCCUCGUCGUUUGUUUUCUCUCCAUAGAUAAAUAUGGCUCCAAUCCUUUUCAGCUCCAAUAUUAUUCCAAUUUGAGUAAAAUUCCAAAAAGAUUCUGAUGGUUUUCAUAUUUUCAUAUUUGUGAAUGGGUGCGUGUGAAUUUAUUUUUUAUUUUUGGGGGCUAGAUAGAGGAAUUGUGAUCUUUUGGAUAGAAGGUGUGUGAGCGUGUGUGUUUGUUCCUCAGCUGAUUGAAAACUUGUGUUUCAGUUCUUCUGAAAGUCUCUGUGGCUCAGUAUGUGGUAUAUUUGACUAGCUGCCACUCUGAAGGGUUCAGCACACACAUUUCUGUCCAAAGUUCUCAGCUACAAGGCUUUUACACGACAUGUGCCUGUUCUGCUGGAGUUUAAAGAUAUUUAUUCGUUUUUUUCUAGCUUUCUGAAUUUCUCCACGUUCCCCGUUCAUUCCCACUUUUCGGCUCUUCCAGCCUGACGGACCUCAAAUAUCUCGAUUUCCCUGAUGUAGAAACCAAAAAGUCUAUUUUUAAUUCAAAACCAUCACAAUUAAAAGCACAAGGCGUUCGCUGAGAAUUUCUGACACAAAUCUGUCCUGAGCCUGGGAUCUUUGUGAAUAUUGUUAAUAGAAUAUUUUGUAAUAUUUGACCAUUGUUUGGCAGAACCAGUGAAGCUGUCCUCUCGUUCUCUCUCUUUGCCUCACUCUGUCUUUCUCUCUGCUCUCUCUGCAUUUCUCUCGCUCUCGUUGUUGUCCCGUUGUAUCCCUUCCUCCUGUGUGAACAACAGUAUGCUUUCAGUAGUCUUUCUAGCCGUCGACGUUUUUUCUCCCCCAAACUCAGCGGGCAUUUUUUUUUGAAGUUGUUGAGUAUAUGUACUCUAUGUGGUUAGGAAACUUGGUGUUUGUACCUUUUGUCCUCCUUGGUGUUUCAGAUGAUUUAUUUACUUUAUCUUCUGGAAAAAUUAAAGCAGGGAAGUCUGUUGUAACGGUGACCGCAGAGACACGAGGACACUGGAUGAGCAUCAACAGAUGUCUGUCACCAAAAAAAAAAAAGUGUUGUUCUGUCUGUUCCCUUGAAGACCGAUAUGUAUUAUUUCUCAUCUAAUCCCAUCAAAGUUGAGCUUUGUAACUCUGGAUUAUGACUUUUUUAAAAAUCUUGAAUGUCAUUUUUGGGUUCAGCGACCCCAAAGAGAAGUCUGUCUUCGUGUGGAUUUUCACCAAAAGAGGAAAGAGCAGACCAACCACCCGCUUUGCUCCGUGUAGAUAAAACGAAACGGUGAUAAAGAGCACAAGGAGCGAGCCAGCGUUUCACCAGUGUAAGCCAAGAUCUUAUUUCAAAGGCAGUAUUUGAAAUCGUCUACAGCCUCAUUUACAGAACCUUGGGGAUGCCGUAUAAAAUAUAAAUUACUCAAAAGGCAAUGAUUUCCAAAGAAUUUAAAUUGUAUUUUUAACUGAAACUAGUACAAAGACAACACACUUUUAUGACAAUUUUAAUUUGAUGCCACCCACACAUUUCAUUAAAGUAAGAGGACAGCUGUGCUGCAUACACUCUCUCUUUCUCUAAAAUUGUAAAUGCAUAUGAGAAAUAUUCAUUUAUGAAGUUUUGUUUUUCCAUCCUUUUCUUUGUUCAUGAUAUGAGCUUCUCGUUUGAGCCUCCUUUGUUUUAUAAGUGUGAAAGAUCCAGACUGCAGACAAGUCAUUUUAGUACCGCCUGAUGAAGUUCAACCCGAGCAUCAGAAUGGGGAAGAAAUGCCAUUUAAGUGAUUUUGAAUGUGCCAUGGGUGUUGGUGACAGGCAGGAUGGUCUGAGUAUUUCAGAAACUGCUGGGAUUUUUCCACACAUCCCAGAAAAA